AUGCAAAGAAUUAAACGACAAUAUUCAAGGACAUCAUUAUCUAUUGGAAGUGCAUUUGGAGGAUGGUCAAAAAUAGUAGGAAAUUCAAGAGGAGGAGAAUCAACCAGUGGUUCAGUUGAAUCCACUGAAACUAUGGUUAAUCACCCGCUUAUCAAUUAUUUAAUAUCAAACAAAAAUCUGAUGAGGUAUGUUGUUCAUUUUAAUAUAAUUUUAUUAUUACCACCAAUUGAUAUUAUCAAAGAUAUUCCUAUUUCAGUGGCAAUUGUUGAAACACAUUUAAUUCAUUUAUCUCCUAAAACAAUGAUGUUUGUUACAUUAAAUGGGUUAUGUGGUAAAUUUGAAGAACAAGUAAUAACAAUAUUCAAUGGAACACAAACGAAUAGUCACCGACCUGAUACAUUGUCAGAAUUAUUACAGUCAUGUCUAACGAACGAACCAAUAUUUACAACACACGCAAGUGGAGUUGAUGAAUUUAAAUAUAAUGGGAAUAGUAUUAUCACUAUAUCAAUCAAAUUUCCAAUAUGUAAUAACUCACUACCAUGGUCAUGGAAAAUGAAACCAUCACAAUUUAGUUCACCACCUUCUACAACUAUGUAUAAAAUAUUAAUGGAAUUACAAAAUUCAUUUGAAGAAUUAAGAAAACAAAUACCAAGUAUUGAAGAAGAUGAAAAAAAUGAUCCACAAAUAAGAAGUGGAGCAUUUCCCCAUUACUUUCAUAUUGAUUGUACAGAAACACGAAUUAAUAGUUUAAGAGAAAGUGAAAUGGAAACAGCAAAAUUUCAUUCUCGAUUAUCCUCAGAAUGUAAUUCUGAAUUAGAAAAGAAAAUCAUGACAUUUAUUAUUGAGUUUCCUAACAUUGCAAAAGAAAAAUUUUUAAGUGAAAGAAAACAAAUAAUUACUUCAUUUAUUAAUGAAGUAUCUGAAAAAGUAAAAAAUAAUGUAAUAUGGCGUGAUGAUAAUGGAUUUAAUUUUAUUACGUUUUCAUCAAAUUUAAAAACGUUUCUUUAUAAUAAGUUAUUUAGAUAUUUAUGGCCUCCUUCAAUUUCUCAGUUAGAAAAUAUAGAUUACACUGAUUCAGUAAUAUUUGAUUCAAUUUGUUAUUCUACAUGUACAUCUCAUUUAUAUCUUCAGCCUAAAUAUUUUGGUUAUGAUGGUCCAAUUGAAUAUCUUAAUAAAAUACUUACUGUUCCUAUUAAAUUUUUUAGGAAGAUUGAUGCUGUUAGGUCUCCUUCAGAAAAGGUUAUGUGUAUUUAUUGUGCUUUAAAAGCAGUAGAACAAACAUGUUAUUAUGUAAGUUUAAAAUGUAAGAAUAGUAAACCAUUUUUACCACUAUUAUUAUAUACAAUUAUACAAUCUGAUUUAUCUCAAAUUUGGUCAAACAUUAUUUUUAUUAAAGAAAUGAGUGAUUAUAAUGAUUCAUUAUUUAUCCAUUAUUUUGAUACCUUUGAACAAGCUGUAAAAGAGAUUGAACGAUUACCACAAUCUUUUGAACUUCAAAAUAACCAAGAAUAUAAAGUAUUGAUAAAUCUAAGAAAAGAUGAAAUUAAUUGGUCAAUAUUUAAUAAUGAAUUACCAAACUACUUUAUUCCAGUUUUUACACUUGAUGAUCUUAGAAAAUACUUUGGUGCAUUUCCAAGGUCAGAAGAUAAAAUGAGACAAUUAAUAUUUAGUAAUCCAUCAAAAAUACAAAGAGAUGAUUAUGCUGAUCUUAUUUCUUUCUUUAAAGUAUUACAAAAUGAAUAA